UAUGGCUGAUCAUCACGGGACGGGACGGUGCUGUUUGUGAGCGAAAGUAAAGCCAAAUAAUGCUCUAUCGCUGGUCAACAAUGUACUUACUCAGUCAACGGGACACUGCGACACACUGUCUGACACUGGGAUAAAGAUUUAUCCGGCAAGUAAAAGGCUAUCUGGCGUGUUUUACGGCAAAGUAGUUGGAGGGGAACUUGUCGCAGUGGAUUGAUCCCAGCGUGCUGUGCCUGGAUUACCAUACACAAGUGGAACAAUAGUCUCCUGCAGCAGAAACACUAUCAGGCCCGUGGGCCCUGGUGUUGCGGUUGAGAAGAUGGACAGGAUGAAGAUAAUCAAGCGGAGGCUGUCCAUGUCUCUACGCAGCGCUCGGCCCGUUGACGACUCCCUGUCUGAGCUGGCAGAACAGAUGGCUUUGGAUGAGCCAUCCGCGGCCAGGGACAAUGAGCCCAUGGUGGUGUGUGCCGUCCACCCUCCCGCCUCCCACAGUGCUCCCUCCUUCCUGCGUCAAUAUGCCGGUCAUCUGGGCCGCACUGCCCUGCGCAGAGAGCCGGGUGGGGGGCUGGAAAGAGACAGAGCCUACCUGAGCCUGCACAGGACUGGAUCUCUGGGUAUUGUCCAUGAGAAUGUGAAGAUGGGUUCAGAUGGGGAGAGCGACCAGGCAUCUGGGACAUCUUCUGAUGAGGUCCAAAGUCCUGUCAGGGUCCGGAUGAGGAACAACCACCAUCGGCGCAUCUCUAAUGAGGACAUAAACAAACGUUUGUCUCUCCCAGCUGAUAUCAGGCUACCGGAGGGCUACUUGGAGAAGUUUGCCAUGAACAGCCCACCAUUUGACAAACCCAUGAGCCGCAGGCUACGACGUGCUUCAUUGUCUGAAAUUGGCUUCGGGAAACUCGAGACCUACAUCAAACUGGACAAAUUAGGGGAGGGGACUUACGCUACAGUUUUUAAGGGACGAAGCAAAUUAACAGACAACUUAGUAGCGCUGAAAGAGAUCCGGCUGGAGCAUGAAGAGGGUGCACCCUGCACAGCUAUCCGAGAAGUGUCUCUACUGAAAGACUUGAAGCACGCCAAUAUUGUCACUCUCCAUGACAUAAUCCACACUGACAAGUGCCUGACGCUCGUGUUUGAGUAUCUGGAAAAAGAUCUGAAGCAGUACAUGGAUGACUGUGGGAGCAUCAUGAGUGUACACAAUGUCAAGAUCUUCCUGUUCCAGCUGUUACGAGGUCUGGCAUACUGCCACAGAAGGAAGGUGCUCCACAGAGACCUUAAACCCCAGAACCUGCUCAUCAAUGAAAAAGGAGAGCUGAAACUGGCAGACUUUGGUUUGGCACGAGCCAAGUCUGUCCCCACAAAGACCUACUCAAAUGAAGUUGUAACAUUAUGGUACCGACCACCAGAUGUGCUUCUAGGCUCCACUGAAUAUUCGACACCCAUAGACAUGUGGGGUGUGGGCUGUAUCUUCUAUGAAAUGAUCACAGGCAGACCCCUCUUCCCUGGAUCGACUGUGGAGGAUGAGCUUCACCUCAUAUUCCGCAUCCUUGGUACGCCUACAGAAGAGAGUUGGCCUGGUAUAACCACCAGUGAAGAGUUUAAGACAUACAAUUUCCCUCGAUACAACGCAGAGCCCCUUGUCAACCACGCACCCAGGAUAGACAACGAUGGUCAUGACUUGCUCUCCGUGCUUCUGCAGUUUGAGGCUAAGAAACGUGUAUCAGCCGAGGAUGCUCUCAGACACACGUAUUUCAGAAGUCUUGGGGACCAGCUUCAAACACUGGCUGACACUGCAUCCAUCUUCUCCAUAAAAGGCAUUCAGCUCCAGAAAGAUCCAGGGAAGAGAUCCUCAGUCUACCCGGAGUCAACGAUGGCCCAUAAGCUAGGCUCUGCACCUUCGCAGUACUUCCAGAGAGAAGCAGCCAAUCCCAGGGCUCAGAGUCACACUCUCUCCUCCAAUUCCACUGGCUGAGUGGCCCCUACCGUCCUGGUAAAUACGGUCUCUUUCAUUCUGUCUGUCUUCUGUUCAGUUCCCAUUCUCUUUUUUUCUGUUUGGCUGUCACCUGGCCUCUUUUCUUCUAUCUAUUAGCACCUUGUCUUUGUUUCAAUCUCACUAUAUAUAGUGGGAUUGUCUCUCCUGGUUGCUGAACUGGACAACAUGUGGUUGCAUUUCUCAUCCCCUCUUGCAUUCCCCGAACCAAAACAACAUAUUAUUACCUCACUUGUUUGAAGUCAUACAAUUGAAUCCUUUCUAUUGUUUUUUUCUUUGUCAACUCUUCUCCCCAUUUUUGCUCCCUUGGGCGGCUUUAUCUCACAUUUCAAGCCCUGGGCCCACAUGCAUCAUCUCAGCUUUCACUCACCUAAUCCUGUUUUUCUCAGAGCGAGCCUCUCCCAGUGUUUUUUUCAGGGGAUGAAAGGGGCAACAAUAUUUUCAUAAAAGAAAAGAAUGGGAUCAGAGAAUGGGGAGUCAUUUGAUUAUUUUCAUUUGCAGUCCUGUUUAGGUUUCUCCAGCGAGAGAUGUAGCCUGUAAGUGAAGGGUGAAGUGAGGGUGUAGCGUGUGUUUGUUUUUUGUUUUUUUAUUAGCAUGGAUAUGAUUGUGGUUUUACUGCAGUUGUUUUAAAGUUACUGGUAAGUAUUGUUUAGCUUAAGUGACAUGAUAUGUGCUAUAUUACAGGUUAUAGAAAUAAAGUAUUGGCAGUGAUAAUAACACAGUUCCACUAUGUGGCCAAUUUUAUUAAUUUUGGUCUAGGGAUUUAAGAAAAUUUCAUCCCUUUUUUAAGUGCCCUUUACUUUUUUCAGCAGGGUGUUGCAUGCACUCAGAACCUAGCCAAGAUUGUAGAAAAAAAUCAGGUCAUGCAACAAAGGGGACACUGCAAUUACAUAAUCAGCAUUUUUAAUCAGGACGCUCCAGUUGAUGGGGAUUCUUUUGUGCUUAUGCGGUUAAUUGUUUGAUUAUAUUUUCUGCAAUGUAAUUUUCCAGCAUGAAGAUCUGGAUACUGUCUCAAGGCUGGACAGUAUUCAGUUUUUAAUAAUUGUAGUUGUGAUGGAAUUAAACUUGGAUUGGAAGUAAUGAUAAUACUACAUGCACCAUGUUUUCUUUGUAGUUUCCCAGGGUUGUUAAAACCCCCAAAUUCCCAGGUAACAUUUCCAAAUCAUGACCUUGGUAUGUGCAAUGGUAGCUGUCCCCUGCAUGCACAACACAAGAUCCAUUAAAAAAUGUAUUUAAAGUUUGGUGUGGAAGAACCUGACUGGCCUGUGCAGAGCACUGACCUUAACCCCAUCAAAUACUUUUUGGAUGAAGCCUUAUCACCCAACAUCAGCACCAAUCCUCACUAAUGCUCUUGUGGGUAAUGGGAGAAAAUCCCCACAGCCAGUUUCCCAUCUUGUGGAAACCCUUAAAAGAGCAGAGGCAGCAUUUUAAUGCUCAUGGUUUUGAAAAGAAAAAAAAAGUUUAAAAUGUAAUGAUAAUAAGAUGUAAUGGUUGUGUGUCCAAUACCUUUGGCCAUAUAGUGUAUAUUGUGAGUUGUGGGCAUGGAGUGAAAUCUGUAGGUGUGUUGUGGUGUGUGUUUGUGUUUCCAAACCAAAUCCAAAAAAUGUUUUCACAUUCCCCCACCCUCUCUUUCUUUCUUUCUCUGUCCCUUUCUCCAUCUCUUAGCCCAGGGGAAGAACAGGAGGCAGAGUGUGUUGUUUUAGUGCUGGCGGGGGCGCUGAGGAGGACAGUGACACGUGGAGCUGCCCUGUCAGACAUUCACUGACCCUGCCACACAUACACCGAAGGAGUGACACACACCCUGCCACAUAACACACGCACACACACACACACACACACACACACAAACACAGAAAAAGAGAAAAAAAAAUAAACACACACACACAUACAUUGAAAUUGAAACAAAACCACACCAAACUAAGGCUGAAGAAUUCAUACUUGACUUAAAAAAAAAUUAAAAAAAAAACUCAGCUCAGCUCUAAAGACUGAAAAAUGAAAAAUAAGAGACGUACGUGAAGCUCAGCUGGAAGAAAAGUGGGAGAGUACAAGAUUCUCCUUGCUGCUACUACCGCUGCUGCCCAGAAGAGGGCAGCAUUUAGGAUGUGUGCUGACUCAGUUUGAACAGAACUUGCUGUAUCAGUGAGCUGUGAGGAAGGAGGAGUGGAAGUGGACAUGAUUCAAAGGCAGAGAAAAAGAGAGAGAAACCAUGUCGCUCUCUCCCGUGUUGUUUUUUCUUCUUCCCACGGACUGUUGUUGUACAUAAAGAGACUGAGCUGUAAUACUCUGCUUUUUCAUAACAUGCCUGUAUCCAAACUCUGAAUAUUGCACCUCAAACCCAAAACCCUGGCCUAACCUCUUAGCCCUUUAUUACAUGAUCUUUAAAACAUUUCUCUCUCUCUCUCUCUCUCUCUCUCACACACACACACACACACACACACACUCAUACACACACUCAUACACAAUGUCUUUCUCUCUCUCUCUAUCUCCCUCUCUCUCUCUCUCUCUCUCUCUCAUUCUCUGUCUCUCUUAAACACAUACACAAACACACACUUUUGGCUCACUUGAAAGUUAAUCGUGUAUAUCAUUGGAGUUUACAGAGAUAAACUUUAGCACCUUAUUGUCCGAUAGAGGUCAGGGUGGCUGUCGAUAACUUUACCUCAUCAGUCACUCAAGCAGAGUAGGGUGUAAAGUACACGCUAGAUAUUAGAAUGAAUAAGAAUCAUUAAAUAACACCAAAAAAAAGACACUUGACUACACUACAAUUAAGAUCACUCUGCAAUCCACAAACUAGUAGUCGACAGUAAUUACAUUUGUCAAACGCUGUAAAGAACUGUAAGAACUCCUGUUUCCUAACACCUGUGAGGACAGAGAGGUAAAGGAAGUGUACAAAUCCUCACCUGCUUAUUCUUAGACACCCCCUUCCUCUUUUUGCCUUGACUCAGACGUUGUCUUGACUUGUUGCGUGGUGUACAGGUGUUGACGUUGAAAUGUUCUCUUUACACCUGAUUUGACCUCUUUAGAUCAUGAGUAGACCCUUCAGAGUUCCCCACCUUCUUCUGCCCGAACUCCACGUGCAUUUAUUUUUGCUCUUUUUUUUUUCUUUUUUCUUUUUAAAAAAAAAUCUGUAUAUAUGAUUAUACUUUUUACUUGUCAGAAGCAAUGAUAAUUCCAGGAUGCUGUCCUCUCAGUCUUUACUGUGUUCCCACCGGAACAGGUUGGCGACUGGCUGGGGACGUGUUGCACAUUCCUUGAGCUCAGGACUUAUUGCUUGUGUUGUUUUGUGGAUUCUGCGAGGUACAGCUGAUCUUGUAUUCUCCCCAGCAGAGCAGAAUAUGUUGAACAUGGCCUGAAACCCCUUUGCAAAGCUGGUUUGAACUGUAUGUGAAGAAGAAGAAGAAUCAUUUUUCAGCAUCAACCUGUCAGUCCUCUGUGUUAUUCAUUCUCUGUUGAUUUGACUGUAAUGUUGCUGUUCAGAUACUACCUAACCCGUGUCUAAUUCUCGUCAUCUCUUUUAAGCAUGUGUAUUAAAUACGCAGAUGUUUUCAGUUGGUAUGUGAAAUAGCUGCUGCUGGAAAAGGAAUACCUCCUGUUGAUUUAAAUUUUGCAUGGGACGUGACAUUAUUACAUGACUUUUUACACCAAACACCACAUUGACCUGUAACGUCUGGAGACUGUACAUUAAAAUGAGAUGAAAACAACACCGUAUUGAGCAACAAAUGUGAUGUGCUGCCAGCACCGGGACCAGAUAGUUUGUAUGACAAAUCUGACUCAACUUCAAGGUGCAUAGUGCGGUAAAAACUAUUAUGUCGCCUGUAUUGCUGAGCACUAAAGCUUUUUGGUAUUUAGCAGGACCCAAAGCACUCAGACACACUGUUGUUUCACGCUGUUAUUGUUACAAGCUGCCAGAAACAACAGGACCAAACUCAAGCCUCCAAGCACCAGGUGUUCAAGCACACAACUGACAUGUCAACAUGUACUGUAUUGAUGAGAUGGCUUGCAGGCUGUAGAUUGAAGUUUCCAGUUCCGCAGACACUGACUUCGGGUCACUUCUGCAUCUUUUUCUAAUUUGGAAAGGGUGAAGUAAUCCCUCACCCGUGUCUCUCAGAAGGACUACUUAUUUACCCAGAGUGUGACAGUAUGUAGCAUGUACAUAGAUGAUCCCUCACUCUGUAUAUACAAAAAAGUGUACAGGUUUGAUACAGCUAUUCACAUUCUGGCUUUUUUGCUUUUCUUUAAUGAAAGUCAUAGCAAUAUUUCUGUAAUCAAUAAAAAGCCAAGGUAAUAGGAUGAAUAUGAUUGCAUUUGUGUUUCUUUAGAGAGGGGAUGACUGUGAAUGAUCAAACUGUGAGACUUGACUAAACUGAUGGCAGGUUUUGUUUUUUUUCUUUGCUGUUUUAACAUGCUGGAUCCAAACGGCCGGAGUGUAAUACCAUGUUGCAAAGGAGUAUAACACACUGAUUACUUUGAUUUUUAUCAAUGAAAGCCAUAAAGGUCAUAUUAAGGUGACAAAGGUCUGUUUGUGUUUGAGAGAGGUGUGUACCAUGCUUGAACGCAGACCUUGAGAAGCAAAGGGGAUGUGUACACCUGAUGAAAAAUAAAAAUCAUGUAAUUAC